CUCAGAUCACACAGACAGUUUCCAACUUCUGCUCGUCGACACAGGGUGUCACCAGCUCUGGCCCCGCGGAGAGAUGGUAGAGGUGCAGAAGCCGCUGACUGAGUAGGCCUAUUUGCUAGCAGCACCUGACAGGUUGUGUUAAAACCCUUAGAGCUGGUCUCUUGGCAGCAUGAGCAACUCAGAAAGUGGUGACGUCCCUAAACCCAGCGCCAGAACCAUCUAUGAACAGAGGAAAAAAUAUUCCAGCGUCAUCAUGGCGGACGUCUCCCAGUAUGCAGUCAACCACCUCGUGACUUUCUCCAUUGGCGAGGAGGAUGAUUUAGGAACUGUGGAAGACGCUGUAAGGAAACUGUCUGUCAUGGACGCCCAAGGGAAGAUCUGGGCUCAAGAAAUGCUGCUUCAGGUCAACGGGUCAGCCGUCAAACUCUGCGACGUCAAUUCAAAGGAGGAGCUGGAGAACUAUGGGUUGGCCGCCGUGGCUCGUUGCGAAGCAGUCCGAUCUGAGACCCGGUCCCGAUCCCUGCUCCUGCUGGUGUGCCAGGAGCCAGAUCAACCCAAGCCGGAUGUCCACUUCUUUGAGUGUGACCACGUUGGGGCCGAACUUAUCCAGCAGGAUGUUCACAGUGCCCUGUUAGACUUCCAGUCUGGAGGAAAUGCCCAGAGGAAAGAGGCACUCAGAGCUGCUCAGAACUGGCUGGGCAACCAAGCCGAAGAGUCUCCAUACGCCGUGGCUCAGCCCAGCAAGCCUUCCCGGACAAAAGUCAUCACCCCCCUGGCCCCUGCCUCGGAUCCAGCUGAAAAGCAACCUGAUAAUGCUGAUUCACAAACUCAGCCGGACCUGGCCCUCAUCCGUAUGGAGCAAGAUAUGGAUCUUCUGAACCAGGCGUUUGACGAUGUGGAGGCCUUCAUGGGGACGUUGCAGAAGGCCGCCGAAGCGUUCCGCGUGCUGGAACAACGGAAGCGCUCCUCAAAGGGGCGCCGCCGAGGACCAGGCGUGGGGCUCUUGACCCUCCGAGCUAAGCCACCUCCUGAAGAAGAAUUCGCGGACACCCUGGCUAAGAUUAAAUAUUCCUUCAGCCUUCUGGCGAGACUCAAAUCGAAUAUCAUGAACCCAACCUCAGAGGAGCUGACACAUUUUCUCUUUGGUCCCCUGAGGACGAUUGUGGAGACUUCCGGGGGCCCGGAAUUUGCUUCUGAAUUGCGCAGCCCCAUGCUGACCCUGGAGGCGGUGGCCAUGUUACGGAGCUGCUUGGGAGAGCAGGAAGCUGAGCUCUGGCAUUCGCUAGGUGAAAACUGGACCAAGGCAAGAGUUGACUUCCCCCGGGAAUACGCAGCUUCCUACACUCCAACUUUCCAGAGCGGCUGGGAGCCACCCCGCCUGGACGCUUACGGGCAGCCCUGGGAGGACCCUGUGGAGGUACAGCAUCGACACGAAGAACGCCGUGCCCAGCAAUCGGCUCCCACAAUUGCAGCCAACGGGCACAAACACGACGUCCACAAGGUCAGCUGCACUUACGACUUUGUAGCCCGAAACAGCAACGAACUCUCAGUGCUUGAAGGAGAGGUGCUGGAGGUCUUGGACGACAGCAAGAAGUGGUGGAAGGUUCAGAACAGCUACGGUCAAAUCGGCUACGUGCCUUACAAUAUCGUUGCUCCAGUGCUGACUGGAGAUGGGGCCGACCCUCAGUGCCACAACACCAUUGUCCAGAUCAAUGGAACCAACUCUGAGAAUGCACAAGUACCGAAAACUCCUCCUCAGCCACCCCCAAAGACCCGACUUCCACACCAAAAUGGCCGGCGCUGGGCUAAUGCCGAAGGGUUGAACGUGGACCGGAAUGAUCGAGAGCGGUUCGACAGCGUCAACGAGGAACUUGCCCUAAGACUGGCUAACGGGACGUCCGGCCGUUGCAAAACUCUUCAAAUCCAGCGUUCUCCAGACACCACCGUGCCUUUAGGUUAUGACUCCAACCCUGCCGAGGUGCAAGCUUGGUUAGAGGCCAAAGGAUUCAGCCCCUUGACUGUGAGUGCCUUGGGGGUCCUGAGUGGCGCUCAGCUCUUCUCCUUGCAAAAGGAAGAAUUCAAAGCCGUCAGCCCAGAGGAAGGAGCUCGGGUUUACAGCCAGGUUAUGGUCCAGAGAGCCCUGUUGGAGGAUUCUGGGAAAAUAUCAGAGUUGGAGGCAGUGAUGCAGAAGCGGAAAAGGAAAGUCGAAGGCAUUUGACCAGAUGGAGAACUCCCAGAGUUCCCUCUGCAGGAAAAAUUGGGAACUGCGUUCUUAGAAGAGGCUACCCCCAACCCAUUUCUCACUCAACAUCCACCAAGUUCAAGUUUCUUUCUUAUCUCCUUGAAAGAGAUUGCCCACUCUCUAGAUUAUAACCCAGUGUUCCUUUUUGAAACGUCCCAUCAUGGAACAAUUUUGUCACUCCCUUAUUCAUCCCCCGUGGAAAAAAAACCCCAGAACAAUUGCAGCAGCCGCCUCUUUAAAAACUGAAGACGUUUUUAACUGUAUUUAUUUUCUCCUUCUGCAUAAUUAAAUAACGUUUGUGGCAUUCUGAGCAAGCUGCGCUUUCCUCUUGUUGUGUGCAUAUUUACACAUGAGUUUCCUCUGACUAGCUCAGACCAUUGGUCCUUAUAGCCCAAUAUAAUGUAGUGAUUGUCCUGAGCAUUCGAGACAGAAAACACAUGAAGCCGCCUUAACACUGAAUCAGACGUUGCCCCAUCAAAGUCUCUGGCAGAGGUCUCUCACAUCAUUGACUUCCUGGUUCUGCAGAUACUGAGGACUGAACCUGGCACCUUUUGCAUGCCAAGUGUAUCUCCAUCACUCAGCCAUGGACCCUCCUUGAGAAAGAGGGAGAGAACGCUACUUGAUAUCCUUUAAGUGGAAAUUUCAAGAAUUGAACCUGAGACCCCUCCAGAAUGUGCUCUGCUGCUCAGCCACUCUUCGCUGCUAUCUCAGUUCUGCACUUAAAUGUAGACCCUGGCAAUGGUUUGCGUAUGUUGCACUGCGUCAUGGAUUUUGUAGUUGUAAAUCUGCAUGAGAAUAGUUGUUGUUGCACAUAGGUGUUCGUUCAACGUCGUAACGUUUGCGAUCAUGGUUCCAUCUCAAUUUUCCGUAUGUUGCACUGCAUCAUGGAUUUUGUAGUUGUAAACCUGCAUGAGAAUAGUUGUUGUUGCACAUAGGUGUUCGUUCAACGUCAUAACGUUUGCGAUCACGGUUCCAUCUCAAUUUUCCAUAUGUUGCACUGCAUCAUGGAUUUUGUAGUUCUAAACCUGCGUAAGAAUAUUUGUUGUUGCACAUAGGUGUUCGUUCAACGUCAUAACGUUUGCAAUCAUGGUUCCAUCUCAGUUUUCCAUAUGUUGCACUGCAUCAUGGAUUUUGCAGUUGUAAAUCUGCAUAAAAAUAGUUGUUGUUGUUGUUUGUUCAACAUUGUAAUGUUUGCAAUCACAGUUCCAUCUCGAUUUUCUGUCAGCAUCGGGUAGUAGCUUCGGAUUAUAUUGCUAAGCAAGAUCACCUCUACACCUUUUUUCUGCACUUAUGUUUGGUUGUGACACAAUAAACAGAGGCACCAGUAAAAGUUCGUGCACCAAACUCUUCCACCCCAGGAAUAAUCUAUGGUUCUGCAGGGGAGAUCGGUGUAAAGCUGUCGAUUGGAAGCCAUUAUCAUGCAAUACCAUCUGUGACCAUCAGAUGGCAGACUCUGUGUGAAGCAAACCCAGACUUUGCUGUUAAACCAUUUCUUGAAGGAACGCUAGAAGUCUGUAAAAAGAAUGAUUAUGUGGCUAAUGUGCCCUGUAUAAAUAAAAUAUAUUUAGAAGG